AUGAAAUAUAAUUUAAAGGCGCUGGGGGGCCCUCUGUUGGCCUUGGGGGCCCCGCUAGCCGAGCAGCAGCAGCACGUGUCUGCAGCAGCAGCAGCUCCUUUCUCUUCUUUUCUUGAUUUCCCAACUCUGCACAAAUCACACUUCGCAGGAGGGGCCCUAGGGGCCCCCGGGGCCCCUUUCGAGAGCCCAGACAGAACUGCAGCAGCAUCACCACAGCAGCAGCAACAGCGCAGCAGCAACAGCAGCUGCGAGGCAGCAGCAGCAGCAGCGACGCUGCAGCAGCAGCAGCAACGCUGCCGCCUCCGCCGCAGCAGCAGCAACGCAGCAGCACCAGUAGCAGCAGCAGCCACACAGCAGCAGCGGCGAAGCUCUAACAGCAGCAUCACAUUUACAGCAGCAACAGCUGCAGCAGCAGCUGCAGCAGCGGCAGCAGCAGCUGUAGUAGCGGCAGCAGCAGCUGCAGCAGCGGCAGCAGCAGCUGCAGCAGCGGCAGCAGCAGCUGCAGCAGCGGCAGCAGCAGCAGCAGCGCCAGCAGCAGCUGCAGCAGCGGCAGCAGCAGCUGCAGCAGCGGUAGCAGCAGCUGCAGCAGCGGCAGCAGCAGCUGCAGCAGCGGCAGCAGCAGCUGCAGCAGCGGCAGCAGCUGCUGCAGCAACGGCAGCAGCAGCAGCUGCUGCCCCCCUUUGCCUGCUUCAGCUCAGCAGCAAAGCAAACAUGGCUGCCACAGCAACAGCAGCAGCUCCGGCCUGCGGGGGCCGCCGGCAUCCUCCUUCCCCUAGCAGCAGCAGCAGCAGCAGCAGCAAAAGCAGCAUUUCUUGCGCGUCGCUGCGCCGCCUCACGUCAUGCAUCCCUCUGCGCCUCAGCAUUGUGCAGCAGCUGCUGCUGCUGCUGCUGCUGCAGCAGCAGACUGCACGGGCCAUCGUGUGCGAAAUCGACGCGCGGGAGGGGCUGGAAGCAGCAAUUGCGUCAGCAGCAGCAGCAGCAGCAGACCGGCAGCAAAUGAUGCGGCUGCUGCCGCUCUGCAGAGUCCCUUAUUUGGUCAACUCGCAGCUGCCCCCCAAAGACGUGCCCCACGCGUGGUGA